AUGGCUUCUGAUUAUUUGUGGUUUGAAGGCAUUCCUUUCCCCCACACGGGAUACAGAAUUGAAGAUAUUAGAUCUAUCAGAGAUGAAUUUGUGGUGAGGGAUGAAGAUGUUAUUACACUUUCUUACUCAAAGUCAGGAACCAAUUGGGUGAUUGAGAUCGUCAGUACAAUCCACACCAAUGGAGAUCCCAGCUGGGUCCAAUCUGUUGCCAAAUGGUUUCAUUCACAGUGGAUAGAAACAUCAGCUGGGUAUGAAUGUGUAAAGAAUAUGAAAGAACCACGAUUCUACACCUCACACCUACCCAGUCAAUUAUUUCCCAAGUCGUUCUUCAACUCCAAGGCCAAAGUUAUUUACGUAAACAGAAAUCCGAGAGAUGUUCUUACUUCUGGUUUUUAUUACUGGAGAACAGUUAACUAUGUAAAACAUCCAGAGACGUUUGAACAAUAUUUUGAAUGGUUUCUUCAGGGAAAUGUGGUAUUUGGAUCAUGGUUUGACCAUAUCCAUGGCUGGCUGCAAAUGAGAGGAAAAGAGAACUUCCUGAUGAUAUCAUAUGAGGAGCUACAUCAGGACAUAAGAGCCAGUGUAGAGAAGAUCAGCCAGUUCUUGGGCAAGAAGCUAGGCCCUGAAGAACUCAACUCUGUCCUCAAAAAUGUAUCCUUUGAGGUCAUGAAAAAUAAUAAAAUGAGCAAUUUUUCCCUACUACCAGAUAGAUUUAUGGAUCACAGCAAAGGAAAAUUGAUGAGAAAAGGAGUUAUUGGGGACUGGAAGCAUCACUUCACGGUGGCCCAGAGUGAAAUCUUUGAUAAAAUAUACGAGAAGAAGAUGGCGGGGCUUCCUCAAGGGCUUUUCCCGUGGGAAUCAUAA